CAAACCAAAACCAGUAGCCAAGAUGAAACAAUUUGUGGUGCUCCUUGCUCUGACGGUGGCUGCCGUUUCGGCCAACACGAUUGCGAUGCCAGGAUUCCCCGAGGGACGCAUUAUCAACGGCCAUGAGGCCCAGGCCGGCGAGGCACCCUACAUUGUCUCCCUGCAGACCAGCUCUCACUUCUGUGCCGGUUCGAUCAUCAAUGAAAACUGGGUGCUUACUGCCGCCCAUUGCCUGAUCUACAACAGCUACCAGGUGGUGGCCGCAGCCCACGCCCGGUCCAGCAAGGAGGACACCCAGGUGCGCCAGGUCACCAGCGGCGACCACAUCGUCCACGAGAACUAUGACGGCGGUGUGGGACCCUACGACAUUGGCCUGAUCUACGUGGCGACGCCCUUCGACCUGAAUGCCGUCUCCCGCGACGGCAGCGCGCCCGUGGCCAGCAUUGCCCUGCCACCCAAGAAGCUCGAGGGCUCCACCGACGGCACCCUCUACGGCUGGGGCCGCGACAACUCCGGCGCCCUGCCCGAGAAGCUCCAGAAGCUCGAUGUGGACAUCAUCGACUACGUGCAGUGCAAGGCCGCCCUGCCCUCCAACAGCAAAGUGGCUGAGAGCAAUGUCUGCACCUACACUGCCGGCACCACCGACGGCGCCUGCAACGGCGACAGUGGCGGCCCUCUGAUCAGCCGCUCCUCCGACGGCUCGGCCUACCUGGUCGGCAUUGUCUCCUGGGGCUACACUCCUUGCGCUUCCACCAAGUAUCCCUCGGUUUACACCUCGACCGCUGACUACGAUGCGUGGAUCGCCGAAAAGAUUGCUAAAUUCUAGAUUUGGCCAGCGAAAACGAUCAACCUAUAUUCCAAUAAAAGAACAUUUUGUCCACCCCAAAAGGGUGUUGUAGAAAAAUA